AUGCCUUCGACCACGACAUCAAUGGGACGUCCCCUCUCAGACGAAUCUUCCAGCUCCAAGUCCUCCAAGCGCAAGGGCACCCGCAGUGUCUCGACCCUUACGCCGUCGCAGCUGGCCCGCAAGCGCGCCAACGACCGCGAGGCGCAGCGCGCCAUCCGCGCCCGCACCAAGGAGCACAUUGAGCGCCUGGAGCGCGAGCUCGAGGAGCUACGCAGCCACCAGAACCGCGACCGCACCCUGCAAGACCUGCUGCGCCGCAACAAGGCCCUCGAGGACGAGCUCAGCCGCCUGCGCGAGUCGAUGGGCAUGUCCAUGGCCGGGUCGCCCUACUCAGCCACUGCCGGCUACGACGAGCAGCAGCAGCACACUCCGCACGCCGCCACCGCCCCCUCGCCCCGAAUGUCUCCCCUUGCCGGCUCGGCCGACUACAACCCCCUGCCCGACUACGGCCAGCACUACGUCGCCAUGUCCGGCAGCAGUGUCGACUCGUGGGCAGCCGGUGUGCCCUCGCACAUGAGCUCCAACGUCUCCAGCCCCUCGUCCUCGGCCGAUGACUACGUCUCCGGCUACAUCCCGACCAGCGUGCCCACCUCCAUGAUGCCCACCUCCAAUAGCCUCGAGUCCCUCGAUGAGUUUCGCAUGAACAACAUGCAGAUGCAGGGCGUCCCUACUUCCGUCUACAUGCAGCAGCAGCAGCAUCAGCAACAGUCCCAGCAACACCAGCAACAGUCCCAGCAGCCUCCUCAGCAUGGCUCAUCCCAAGGCGACUGGCCCAUGUACAACGUCUACUACAACUCGCAACUGUCCAAGAGUGGCGAGGCCUGCCUCUCCCGAUAG